AUGCACGUCCUCACAACUCUCCUCCUUGCAGGCACCGUCCUCGCCAAAACACUCUACGUCUCUCACUACGACGGCCACGUCCACACACUGACUUUUGAUGCCACAAACCCUGAUCCACGCAGCAGUCUCACACUGGCCAAUACUAUACAAGCAUGCGGCUCAAUGCCUAGCUGGCUCGAACUCGACGCCGCUACAAAGACUCUGUAUUGCGUUGAUGAGUCGGGCCGCACGCAAACGUCGGGGAAUGGGUCGUUGACGGCGUUCGAUAUCUCAACGGCGACCAAGCCGAGGCUUGUUGCUGAGACUGAGACGUUGGCCGGUGGUGUUGCGAGUGUUAUUUAUCAUGCUGGUGAUAAGAAAUUCAUCGCUAUUGCGCAUUAUGAAGGAUCGUCCAUCUCAACCUUCCCCCUUCCAUUGACCAACACCAGCUCAGCCCUACAAACCUUCCUCUUUACUCUAACGGGCCCAGGCGCCGUUCCCUCGCGCCAGGAGGCUCCCCAUCCGCACGAGGUAAUCCUAGACCCCACAAACUCAUACAUCAUCUCUCCCGACCUGGGCGCCGACCUCAUCCACAUCUUCUCCAUCAACGCCUCCGACGGCACAUUAACCCAAUGCAAGCCCUACAAAACCGCCCCAGCCGAUGGUCCCAGACACGGCGCUUUCUCCAUCGACGGUGAUACGCUGUACAUCACCAACGAACUCGGGACCUCAGUCAGCGCAUACACGGUUUCCUACCACAACACCAAAUAUAAUGAUGAUGAUGAUGAUGCUCCAACCUGUGGCCUCUCGCUCAGCCUCCACGAAGCAAUCGUCCCUGCACCCACCCGCCAUCUACCGCCAUCCGCCGUCGCCGAGAUCCAUAUCCCCAAGAACAGCACGGAUAUCUACGUAUCCAUCCGCGGAGACCAAGCCUUUAAGCCGAAUGACACCAUCUCCUUCCUCAAAGGAUCAAUGAGGACGUCAAGCCUAACACCGCUAAACCUGACGAGUUCGUAUGGGGCUUUCCCGCGCACGUUUGUGAUUAGUGAUGAUGGCUCGCUGGUCGCGGUUGGGAAUCAAAUGUCCUCUUCCGUUGCGAUUGUGGCGCGCGACACGAAGACCGGGGAGCUGGGUCCGUUGUUGGGUAGUUUGAAGGUUGGGAGCGUCUCGCCGGGGUUGAGUAGUGUUAUUUUUGGGUCUGAUUAA